GCUGCAGAAGCAAUUUUUGCAGUGUGGUUUUGCAACCUGGGAACUUUCCUGCCCAGUUCCUUGUUGCAAGUAGGAAGGCUUUUCCAUUGCACUGCUGGGCUUGCCUUCCUUGCUAAGAUGGCUGCGCCCACGUUGAGAUGCUGCCUGAAAAGAGUUUUAACUCGGAGUCAUAUUUUCUCCAAAAAUGAUCAGCAUUCCGCAGUGCUUCCCUGUUUUGCCAACUUACUUAUUUCACAUAGACACUAUGCUGCAAAACCAGCGAAAAAACCAAAAAGUGAUCCCAAAAAGAAAGCCCAGGAAUCAGAGCCCAAGCCAAAAAAGACACGUUUCACUUUGCCCUUACUGAAGGAACCAGUCGAUGAUGUUUAUUUGACCUGGUGCUAUGAGAGGCCAGUUUACGAUGCAGAAGUGGCUGUAGAUAUGCUGAAGAAAUUUCAACAGCUGGACUUCACUUCUCUCAACCAGCCUGUAUAUGCUGAUAUUACCCUGGACAUGGCAAUGGAUAAGAAGAAAACAGUGGAACAGUUUGUUGGUACUGUGCUUCUACCUUACAGUUUCACUGAUGACAUCCACAAGGUUUUGGUAUUUGCUGAGAAAGCAGAAGAUGUGACAGUAGCAAGAGAAAAUGGAGCCACCUUUGUAGGAGGGAUUGAAUUAAUCAAGCCGAUCUUAGAUGGCGAAAUACAGGCAGAUUAUUAUGUUUCUGUGCCGACAAUGUUAUCUAAGAUCUUAUCUUUAAGGAGCAUCCUGAAGAAAAAGUUCCCAAGGCUUAAAAACGGAUCUGCUGGUUAUGACAUUGCUCAGAUGGUUGGCUUCUUUAGAGUGUGCCACGAAUAUGAGGUUCUAGAAAAUGACUUUAUCCAUACUCCAGUUGCAACGCUGGAUAUGCCUAAUGAUCAGAUACUUGCCAAUCUGGAUGCAGUUAUUAAGGACGUUUGUAAAUACAAACCUUUGAGCUAUGGCCCAUUUGUGACACGUUUGAUUAUUCGAACUUCAAGCAGUGAAGGCUUAGAUUUAAAGUUUGAAUGCUUUCUGCCUGAAGGAGCUGUGAAAGAAAAGGUGAAAGAGGUAGAAAAAGAAGAGAAAAAAGAAGAAGAAAGUGAUGAUGAAAGAGAAAUGCAAGAGUCCAGAUAAUCUAAGUUUUGCAUUAAUGUCCUUGUUUAUACCAAACCCUUAGAAGAAUCACUUGACUGUGACUGCUUACAUUAUUUUUUCCAUGGGACAUGGAGCUAUGAAAGACCUUGGACUUGUUCUCCUUUCAGGCCAAGCAAUUAAUAAAGGACACAGAGAAAGUUUGGGUUUAAUAUCCAGUCUUGAAAGAGAGCCUACUCCAAUAUUUCAGGUAGUAAUUAGUUAUGAAAAUGAUCUGCACUGCAACAUCCUUCCCAGUUCAUUAAAAAGUACUGGAAUUACCUUAAAGUACAUGAAGCUGUUACCCUGAAUGAAAAGUCUAUGAUCAGUUGGUAUGUGUGUAUCUUGGGAAAAGACCAAAUUCCUGAGGCAAGAGAAUGCAAAAGCUCUUGUCUCCAUCUUUUAUUGUUGCUUUAAUAUCUCCGUUUGUUUAAUCAAUGUAAGAAUUGGUUAUAUUAUUCCAAAAUCUUGGUUCUAAGAGUAUAGUAUUGUGUGAAACAAGAUCAGCUGCUUCUACAGUGGCUUUGUUUUUGUAUCUUUGAUUAAGCAUAGAGUAAUUAGAUUAUUUGCCAGAUUACUUUUAAUAGAUUUUGCUCAGCUUCUCAUUCUGAGGUAGCUGAACAAAGCCUUGAUAUCUAAGCACUCCCAUACAGCAGUGGUCUAGAGCAGUGCAUCUCAAGUUAUCUGAUGGGGACUGGCAUCAUGUCAAGACAAAUAUAUUUGUCUCCAUUGGUUAUGAUUGUUUCUUUCAUUCCUGGAGGGAAUGGCAUCUGUCCAUGUACCUCCACUUUGAGUAGCCCUAAUCUACUGCUGGCCUCUGAUAUUUAGUGGCCACAUUCAGUGUAUACCUGGAGAUUGCAGGUCAGAUCCUUUCUCGGUCCAUAAAUGGGAUGGCUUGGACAAACCAUGGUUUCUUAGCCUUAUGUAAAAUGAGGGCAAAGUAUUAAGUUAUCUAAAACAGAGAGCAGUGCUAAUUGUCAGGUUCUCUGUCUCCAAGCCAUUGCAAAGCUUGGGCAGGGGUCAAACCAGAGGUAUGAAGCAGCAGGUAAGUAGGCUAGACAUAAGCUGAAGCAACAUUCACACGAUUCAGGGCAUGGCAAGAUACCGCCAGUUGAAUAGACUAGUUAAAAAAAUUUAGAAAAGAGUUGAGUGAUUGGAGAUAGACAGUUGGAACAUGGGAAGAUUGAACACUAUGUCAAGUGAUGCAACGACAAUAGUACACUGAUGUCAAGAUGGGACCAGUUUGCAAGGCUGGAGGUAGCUGAGGGUGGGGACACUUUAAGCAAUGCCAUCUCAUAGUUUUUGCUUUCUCAUUCAUUUAACAAAGCUGCUAGACUGAGAGAAUGGUUUGAAUUUGGGCACUGUAGAGCCUAGAAUUGGGUUAAGAUUAAUUCUUUUAGCUCUCCAGAUUUGAAGAAUUCUGGCUAGACAUGUCACUUGGCUUGAAAUGCUUGCAGUUCCUGCCUCUCGUCUGCAGAUGGGAAGAAGGGAAUUUGCACCUUUACUGCAGAUCUGGUUAAAGGCCCAUGGUGUUCGAUGCUGUCAUCAUUGUAUGUUCCCUUCUUUUCAACAGGCACUCUUGCAGGACUACGGCCCUUCUACCCAUUGAAAUUAGAGGGAAAAUACUUGUAGUACUGCCUGAAUGUUUGCCUUUUGUGCGUUGAAAGUGCCACACAGUUGAGUCUCAGUCAUCACCCUGCCCGAAAUUUGGGGAAAGAUUGUGGUAAAUGUUUCUAAAUAAUUUUUAUUUGAAACCACAAUCCUCUAGAGCCAGCACUGAUAUUUUUUCGAUAUUCAGAACAGGAUGGACUUAGAUUGUUCUGCUAUAGCUCUUGAGUGUAACGGACGAGUAAACGGUGGCUGUGAUGAAAUGUU